AUGGACACUUUAAUCGUUGAUAAAAAGAUCAGGCCAGCAGGUCAGGCAAAUGUAGGUCUCUCUAGGGAUCGAUUUUGGACAAUUCAACCUAUUCGAGGAAUUCUAUUCGUUACGCUUUUGUUUGAGCUUCUCUUUGUGCAAUUACCAGUCCGUACGGUCUUGUACACUCUCUUACCAAGCAUCACAAGACCACAUCCAAAAUGGACACUAAAAAGAUCUCUCUUUAUGAGUAUGUUGCGACACUAUGCUUUCUUCAGAAUGAAGUUGAAUAUGAAAUCGGGUCUUAUCAACAAGAAUGCACUACCCGCCAUUCCGGAGAAACAAGGAGCAACGGCAGUUUGGAUCGAGCCAAUUCAUAGACAGACUGGUCUGAAGGGUGAAUUGAAGACAAUAUUUGACGAUGGAGGUUGCACUACUACUCGCAUUCCAGGUUAUUGGUUCGGACAAAAUCAUAUCGGCAAGAAUGGAAGAGAUGCAAGAAAAGGCGAAAAAGUCAUUCUCUUCUUCCAUGGAGGAGGCUACAGUCAAUUGAACGGUUCACCAAGCUCUCCUCCGACGAACAAUCUCAAAAUUACUUUGGAAGCAGCAAAGCGAUCCGGCAAACUUCAUGCGCCCAAAAGAGCACUUUCGGUAGAGUAUCGGUUAAGCAGUGAAGGAUAUACGUUCCCUUCCAUCUUUACUGAUGCAUUGGCAUCUUGGAUCUAUCUCGUUCGUCAAUUGCGUUUCGAGCCAAAGAAUAUCUUAAUUUUGGGUGAUUCGGCAGGUGGAAAUCUUGCUUUGGCAUUGUUGAGAUACAUUCGUGAUGAAAGACCUCUUUGGGAUGAAUUGAACAUUCCAAAAGAUUCUCCGUUGGCAGAUGGCGUUAUCCUCUCUUCCCCAUGGGUUGAUAUCUCAGGAUCUUUCUGCAAUGCCGGUCCUUCCUCAAGCGGCACACUGUACAAGGAUGUGGACUAUCUGAACUUGACAUCUCUAAAAUUGGCAAGUUCAGAUCUCGUCAAGGGAUUACCUGUUCCUUUCAUCCACAGUCCUUGGGUAAGUCCCGUCAACUUGCAAAGAGGGCUAGACGAAGACGUCUUCAAGGGGUUCCCGCGAGCGCUUUGCAUUUAUGGAGGCUUGGAAUUAUUUGUUGAUGAGAUUAAAGCUUUCAAUCAUCACUAUCAAUACGCUCAUGAACAUCUUGGAGCAGGACAAAUUACCGUAUACGAAGAACCUUUGUCAGUGCACGACUAUUUGGCAUACCCUAUCACAUUCACAGAAGAUCACAUUAGAGCUCGUGACGUAAUCAAGAAGUGGCUAUAA